CACCAAGACUGCAAUGGAGGUGGCACGUACCUUUGCCACCAUGUUCUCAGACAUCACCUUCCGCCAGAAGCUCCUCAAGACCCGCACAGAGGAGGAAUUCAAGGAGGCUCUGGUGCAUCAAAGACAGCUGCUCACCAUGAUGCCAAGAGCCAAGGGGCACAGCAUGAGCUCCCUCCAUACUCACAAACACCCUCAGCCCCCCAAGUGCAAGGACUUUUUCCCUUUUGGAAAGGGCAUCUGGGUGGACAUCAUGCACAGGUUCCCCGUGUACCCACUGGACUUCACUGAUGGCCUCAUCGGGAAAGGCAAGACUGUGGGCAAAUACGUCACCACCACGCUUUUCCUCUAUUUUGCCUGCCUCCUGCCAACAAUUGCUUUUGGAUCCCUCAAUGACGAGAACACGAACGGGGCCAUCGAUGUGCAGAAGACCAUAGCUGGGCAGAGCAUCGGCGGCCUCUUGUAUGCGCUCUUCUCUGGCCAGCCACUGGUGAUUCUGCUGACAACCGCGCCCCUGGCCAUCUACAUCCAGGUGAUCCGAGUCAUCUGUGAUGACUACAGCCUGGACUUCAACUCCUUCUAUGCAUGGACGGGCCUGUGGAACAGUUUCUUCCUCGCGCUUUAUGCCUUCCUCAACCUCAGCCUGCUUAUGAAUCUCUUUAAGAGGUCAACAGAGGAAAUCAUUGCCCUCUUCAUUUCCAUCACGUUUGUGCUGGAUGCUGUCAAGGGCAUGGUCAAAAUCUUCUGGAAGUACUACUACGGUCACCACUACCACACAAAAAGGACUUCAUCCUUGGCAAGCUUGUUGGGCGUUGGCAGAAACCUGGACACCAGCCUCCACGGUGCGCUCAACAGCAGCCUCUGGGACAGCACCAUAGAGAUGACCACAGCCAGCAGCCCCAGCAGCACACACUCGGGCCAGGCAACGGCAGUCCUCAGCCUCCUCAUCAUGCUGGGCACACUCUGGCUAGGCUACACCCUCUACCAGUUCAAGAAAAGCCCCUACCUGCACCCAUGCGUGCGUGAGACCCUGUCUGACUGUGCCCUGCCCAUCGCCGUGCUCGCCUUCUCCCUCAUCAGUUCCUAUGGCUUCCAGGAAAUUGAGAUGAGCAAGUUCAGAUACAACCCCAGCGAGAGCCUCUUUGAGAUGGCACAGAUCCGCUCUCUGUCCUUCAAGGCCAUCGGCAGCGCCAUGGGUCUUGGUUUCCUGCUCUCCUUGCUUUUCUUCAUUGAGCAGAACCUGGUGGCUGCCCUGGUCAAUGCACCAGAGAACAGGCUGGUGAAGGGCACUGCCUAUCACUGGGACCUCCUGCUACUCGCCAUCAUCAAUACGGGGCUGUCUCUGUUCGGGCUACCCUGGAUCCACGCCGCCUACCCCCACUCCCCCCUGCAUGUGCGGGCCCUGGCCUUAGUGGAGGAACGUGUGGAGAAUGGGCACAUUUAUGAAACGAUUGUGAAUGUUAAGGAGACCCGGCUGACCGCGCUGGGCGCCAGUGUCCUGGUGGGUCUCUCCCUGCUGCUGCUGCCUUUCCCUCUGCAGUGGAUCCCCAAGCCUGUACUCUAUGGGCUCUUCCUGUACAUUGCGCUCACCUCCCUGGAUGGCAACCAGCUCUUCUCUCGUGUGGCCCUGCUGCUCAAGGAGCAGACAUCAUACCCACCCACACACUACAUCCGGAGAGUGCCCCAAAGGAAGAUCCACUACUUCACAGGCCUGCAGAUUCUGCAGCUGCUGCUGCUCUGUGCCUUCGGCAUGAGCUCCCUGCCCUACAUGAAGAUGGUCUUUCCCCUCAUCAUGAUUGCCAUGAUUCCCAUCCGUUACAAUCUGCUACCCCGAAUCAUUGAAGCCAAGUACUUGGAUGUCAUGGAUGCUGAGCACAGACCCUGACCAGGGCCACCUUCCCCAUCCAUCCUUUCAGGCCUGCUUUGUGGCGGUGCAAGAGGGGUGUGAGCUGGCUGUGGCUCUGGCCCAUCCUCACUGUGGCCUAAAGCCCCGGGGCAUUGUGGUUUUCAGUGGUGUGUGCUCACCCCUCACCCCAUUAACCUUUAGUUUAGGGUCAGGGACAUUGCCGGGGUGGGGCUAAGAAAAGUAGAUUUUCUUUUGAUAAAAGAGUUGAUGCCCAGGAGAGAGCCCAUUUCCUUGAUUGUAUAAGGAACUCGCUGUGUGCACAUUAGUGAA